AAACAACGAACUGGUUUUCUUGGAAAAUACCCAUAUUUAUAACUGUUUAUGUCUCUUUCAAAAGUUCAAACACCCAAACCUUGAAAUCCAAUUACUGUUCUCUUCCCAAAUUCGGCACAAAUCCAACACCAAUUCAUCAUCAUCAUAUGGAAAGAUAGCAACUGGGUUUUCAAUUUCAUCCAGGAUGGGAAAUUGUAUGCAGUCUGCUGCUCCUGUUAAUGCCAAUUCUACCAUAUCCGCCAAUACAAGACCUUCUUCCACUACAGGAAUAUCAACCAAUACAAGUAAUGGUGUUGGGAUUUCAGCGACGAGUAGUAGCGCCGGCCAUAGCCGAUUUGGGGAUGAUAUUUCUUCUCCCAACGGCAACGGGGAGAUGUUGCCGGCGGCGGAUUUGAAGGUUUAUACGUAUUCAGAUUUGAAGAUUGCUACUAGAAAUUUCAAGUCCGAUAUGGUUUUGGGUGUGGGAGGUUUUGGGACUGUUUACAAAGGGUGGGUGGAUGAAAAGACAAUGUUGCCCUCCAAGCAGGGUACUGGAUUCAUGGUCGCCAUCAAGAAAUUGAAUCAUGAAAGUGUUCAAGGCUUUCAGGAAUGGCAGUCGGAAGUGAACUUCUUGGGACGGCUUUCUCAUCCAAACAUGGUGAAGCUUCUUGGGUACUGUAGGGAGGAUAAAGAUCUUCUACUUGUAUAUGAGUUCCUUCAAAAGGGAAGCUUGGAAAACCAUCUCUUUAGACGAAGUUCUGCAGUUCAACCGCUUUCUUGGGAUCUACGACUGAAAAUAGCAAUAGGUGCAGCUCGUGGACUAGCUUUCUUACACAGUUCAGAUGAUAACGUCAUUUACAGAGAUCUCAAGGCCUCAAAUAUCUUGCUUGAUGGGAACUACAAUGCAAAAAUAUCAGAUUUUGGGUUGGCGAAAUUGGGACCUUCGGGUGAAAUGUCACAUGUAACAACAAGGGUCAUGGGGACAUACGGUUAUGCUGCUCCAGAGUACAUUGCCACAGGGCAUCUAUAUGUGAAGAGCGAUGUGUACGGAUUCGGAGUGGUUCUGCUGGAGAUGAUGACGGGUUUACGGGCACUGGACAACAAACGGCCAGGUCCACAGCACAAUCUGGUGGAGUGGUCAAAGCCGAUGCUCCCAAACAGGAAGAAGCUAAAGACGAUAAUGGAUGGCAGAAUAGAAGGGCAAUAUACAAGUAAGGCGGCAAUGCUAUUUGCUCAACUCGUCCUUCAUUGCCUCGAAGCAGAACCCCGAAAACGGCCGAGCAUGAAAGAAGUGGUAGAGGUUCUCGAGCAGAUAAACGGUAUGAAGGUCAAAACCAGAGGAACAGCCUAAAUUCCCCUUGCCUCAUACAAUUCUUUUUUAUUAUUUA